CUCUCAUUCCUUCAUUAUCUGCAAUAGUGUCAGAUAGAGCGCCAUCCUUAGCUUGCAGUGACCCGGAGUCACUGAGUACUCGAAAUUUAAUUUGUUUGGCGCAGCAACUCAAAUAUUUACAAGUCCGGAUGGGCAUGGGCUUCAUCGACUCAUUUCCCUUCUCUCUCGGCUCCUUCGCAAUUCUCGAUGACCUCGAUGACUGCAGCUCUACCACGGAUACCUAUGUCGAGCGAAAGCGUUCUACCGCUUCUGCAAACAAAUCCAAGUCGAAGGCUAAGCAAUCUACCACGACGAUUUCGCGUGCACUCGCGAAUGAAGCUGUAAGCAAACGUGCCGACGUGACUUCGAGAGUUGCGGAAACCGCGCGGUCUACAACCGUUGCAAAUCUAAAUGUAGACGGUGCUACUAAACCACAUGGUGCUGCUACCAAUAUAAGUGCAAAGCACUCCGUUGCGAACGAGACGGCUGCGAAGCGAUCGACGGCCACCGCGCCUGCCGCACCUGGUCACGAACCGUCUCGUCGCCCAAAGCACGAGAAGCGCGACGAGGGGGGAGAACGAAAGAAUGAGACCACGAGAAUAGAGCAGAAGAAGGGAGAACAGAAGAAGGAUGAGACGAUCAUCGAAGUCCAGACUAUUACUAGGGAGACAACAAGAUCGGCAUCAAGAUCUCAGGCUCCAUCCUAUUCCCAAGGACCGUCCCGCGCACCUCCAAUUUCCGAGGUUGGUACGAAGGUCGACGUCUCCACAGAGGAACUCCGCAAAGAAAACCGUGCGCUCCGUAGACGGGCUGAGCGACUUGAGAAGGACCUCGCCGCAUACCGCCGACAUGCCGAGCACUAUCGUGACCGACGACGAGAAGCUGACCGGGAGCGCCUCAAAGCAGAGGAACGUGCCAAAGAUCUCGAGAUUAUUGUCACGAACAUGCGGGAAAGCUAUGAACUCGAACUUGACGACCUUCGUACACAAUUAACUGAAUAUGCUGCGAAGGCAGCAGCAGCAGCAUCUGCUACACAGCUAUUUGCUAAGGACAUUACCGGUCAGACCGAAGAACGGCCCGCAGCUUCGGUGCAUGAGCAACCGGCGUCAGUUCGCGCUCCUUCAGUAAUACAGGUGGCAAGAGAUAUGCAUGAAUUGUCUGUCCAAACCGAUCCUGUACUUGCGCAGGAAUUGCCUCCACGACCAACUGCACCAUUACCUGGUGCUCUACCUCCAAUAGUCGAGGAUGCUCGGGAGAUCUCGACACUCCUUGCAAAACUCGAGCUUCAAGGCGCGGAGCUACAAGCUUUAAAACUUUUCCACGAUGAAACCCCUCAAAUACCCUUGGAUACCUUAACGUCUUCCGUAAGGACACUCAACACCGAAUUGCGUAACCUUGCAACUGCAAUGGCUAGUAGCAUACCCUUAGGCCGGACCUGGGAGGUUGCGCAAGCUUGGGCACUCGAAGCUGCAGAACCUUCUCUCGCACGCUGUUUACGAUUACUUUCGGGUGUUAAAGGUGCUGACUUCGCAGAGGACACGACGCUUGUUCGUCUUGCCCUCCAAGGAUGGAUCGUUUCAUGUCUACAACGUGUCUUUGAGAAAUUCUUGUUCGGACUUGAGAACUCUGAAGAUGAGAUGCUUAGACGAGUCUUCGAGCGCGUACAAGCACGAGAAUCCCCUGCAAUUGCAGCGCGCUGGAGAGCCCUCGCCCGUCUACACGCACGUACACUCGCCAUGCCUCCCGUCUCCUCACCAACAAGUCCAUCAGCAACGUUCUCCGCUGCCAGAGAUCACGCCGUCCAUCUUCUCGAAAUGGACAUCCUCGUCGGAGCCGAAUCACUCUUACGCUUCGCAGGCGCACAUAGUCCCCCAGGCGUCCUCCUCGCAGAACUCAGCACUGCGUACGGACGACGGAUAUCCCGAGUCGUGCGACGAGCUGCGAAACUUGCAAGUGACCUUGCUGAACGUGCGCCUGUAGGGUGUGAGGUGUUCACUGUUGCUGAAGAGGCCGAGCACGGUCACGCUCGAGGUGGUGGAGGUGUAUUUUUGUGUGGGUGUAUGGAGAGUGUCGAUCAAGAGUGUCGACAGUGGAUUGGGAAGACGCAUCAUGAGAACGAGAAUGACAGACGAACGAGGGGGACAAGAACGAGGACGCACACGCGUGCAGGGACGGUACGGAAUAAGAGCAAGACGAGAAGUCACGCGAGGUCGGCGACGACAUAUGCGGAUACGAAUACUCGAUAUUGGCGCGCGGAAGAUAGCGACAAGGAGACUGAGGAUGACGAUAGCGAAGAAGAGGAAGAGGAUACCGAAGGCAAUGGAGAAGAGGAUAUUUUCGUAGAAAGUCCAAGGGUACACAUUACUGUGGAUGAGGAAGGCUACGCACUUACACACGAAACGGUUAUGUGUUCUCUCGGAUUCGGACUUCGGCGUGUCCUGCGCGGCGCAAAGCGAAAAGACGAACAAGAAGGAGCAAGAGGACCGCGUAUACAACACAGCACGGAAGACCUCCAACGCGAACGUCGCCGUGUACCCAAACCUCAAGCCCAAGCCAUCCGCACUACCAAUUCACGAUCUGAAGCGAAAUCAACAUACACCAUCAAACUCAGCACCGUUUCCUCAUCUUCACCAUCCACGCCAACUUCAGCAUCGAGUCACACCGAACGUCAGAAACCUCGUAAUCGACAGCAGCAUUCCACUGCGGAUCACGAGAGUCACGCUGCGCACCAGGAUGAACAAGAUGAACAGAAACAAGAGGAGGGAAGAGAAGUUGAAGUCCUCGUCAAGACAGACGUCCUCAUGUCUUCAACAGUCGACUUGCUCCGCAAACGCGUCGUCCGCUCUGUUGCUCCCUCCACCACCUAAAUAUGGACAGAGGGGACAAAGGGAUUCCGAAAGCGUUGGUUGUGGAUUCACGCAGAUCCUCUUCGCGUAGAUCAAUCACAUCGGGUCUAAACGCAUACUGCUAUCAGACUCUCCGUUCCGAGACUGCAUGGAUGGAAACCCUCUCGAUCGUAAUCUUCGGUCUUCCGUACCACUCACUAACACAUGAAUAUUAAGGGAUGACGGUAAUGGUGAUGAUAAUGAUAAUUGUAUAUCCAUAUUUACUACCGUCCUAACUAAACUCGACUUGCUUGCUCCUCUAUUUGUUUGUUUGUUUUGCUUGCUCCUUUCUUAUGUUGAUAGUUUAUUUGUUUAUUCAGUGUAAGAAGGCAAUCUAUAUCUUUAUUAAGCUUUUUCGUAGUUAUUGUAUAUAAAUAUGUUAUAUCUGCAUCCAUCAUACAAUAUCUAUAUUAAUUUUAUACGCUC